AUGAUAGCCUUCAAAGGAAGACUGUCAUUCAAACAGUACUUACCGGCCAAACCCACAAAAUUUGGAAUAAAAGUGUGGGAGCGUGCUUCACCACACAAUGGAUACGUACAUGAAUUUCAAGUGUACACCGGAAGAGUCGCAGAGAGAAGACCAGAGGAAGGGUUGGGGGCACAUGUGGUGAAGGACCUAACUCGGAAAUUGAUUGGAAAAUCGCAUGUGAUUUACAUGGACAAUUUUUUUUCGAGCCCAGAACUGUUUGAACGCUUGUUACGUGAAAAGAUCUACUCUUGUGGCACUGUCCGAAUAAAUCGCCGUGGAAUGCCAGAAGCCAUCAAAAGUGCCAAAUUAAAGAACAGAGGAGAAUCCCUUACAAUGCAGAAAGGCAACCUAGUAGCAACAGCAUGGAAAGACAAGAAGAUUGUGACUUACCUAAGCACAAACUGCGAUCCUACACAGACCAGAGUAGUGCAAAGACGUCAAAAGGAUGGGACCCUAAAGGAUGUGUCAGCUCCAAGUGUCUCUGAGCUAUACAACAAAUAUAUGUUUGGUGUAGACUUGGCUGACCAAAAGAGGAUGCAGUAUUCCACUUGCAGAAAAGCCAAAAAAUGGUACAAGUACUUGUUUUGGUUUUGUUUUGAUGUUGCACUUGUCAAUUCCUUGAUUUGCAUGCAAGAAUCGCCAAAUCAUAAGUUGCUGACCAAAACAAACAAGGAAAAAAAGAGAACACAGUUGGACUUCCGAAUGGCAUUGGCGCAGCAGAUGAUCGGAACAUUCAGAGGAAGUAGAAAGCGUAGGGCACCUGGAGUGACGGGAAAUUGUGGGGAUGCACAUUGGCCCAUUCAAUUUGAAAAAGCUGGACGAUGUAAGGGAUGUGCAAAGCAGAACAAGAGACACGAAGUCUCUACUGGAUGCAGACAAUGUAAUGUUAGACUGUGCAUAAAGAAUGACUGCUUUUUCAAGUACCACCAAGAACUGUUAAAAUGA